AUGUGCGAGAAAUGCCAAAAGCCACAUAACGUGCUUCUCUAUUUCGAGAGAGAAACACCCGCAAAUUCGAAUUUGUCCGGGCCGUAUACUUCCACGACGUUAGCAAGUCUACCAAUUCAGCCGGCUUCGCAGGUUCUUUUAGGAACAGCGAUUGUCGAUAUACACAAUGCCAAAGGACAGUACCAAUCUUGUCGCGCUCUCCUAGACUCUUGCUCUCAGUGUAACGCAAUGACUGAGAAGUUAGCCAAUUUACUAGGAAUUGAAAAGAAACGAGUCGACAUUAGGCUGAAAGGUGUACAAAAUCUGCAUUCAAAUGUAAAAUACGUGACUUCAGCAAAAAUAAAAUCUCGUCAAACUGAUAUCGAAAUUGUCCUCUCCUGCCUAGUGUUCAAGGAGAUUUCUGAACCAAUGCCUAGUUUGCCCUUGGAUAAAAAAUUAUUUCAAUUACCGGAAAACAUUAUUUUAGCUGACCCUGACUUUGAUAAGCCUGCUGAAAUCGAACUGUUAAUAGGCGCCGAAUUCUUUUAUCAGCUUUUAUGCUCAGGUCAAAUUCGCGUCAAGGGUCAAUCAGCUGUAUUUCAAGAAACUCGUUUAGGAUGGAUUCUAGCUGGUCGUCUUUCAAGCGAUCUGUUUUCCAAAUCAUUUCAAAGCACUUGUAAUUUAAUAAAGUUUCAAGAGUUACCUAUUCUUUGGGAACUAGGUAACGAAUCCAUUUCUAACAUCAGGUCAAAGGAAGAAUUGGCCUGUGAAGAGUAUUACAAAAGUACCAUUCGAAGAGAAGUUUCAGGCAGAUAUUGCGUCAAACUUCCUUUCAAUGACAAACGAGACACCCUUGGAAACUCACGAAACACAGCUCUGCAGCGUUUUCAUGCACUCGAAAGAAGAUUCGAGAAAGAUCCUGCCCUCAAGGAGCAAUACACUGCAUGCAUUCAAGGUUAUUUUAAAGAGUCACACAUAAAAUCAAUUUCAAGCAAUGAACCGAACAAUCAGGGUUACUAUCUUCCGCAUCACGCUGUUGUCAAGACAUGCAGUCUUACGACAAAAACAAGAGUCGUUUUUGACGACUCCGCAAAAACGACAACGGGAAUCUCGUUAAACGACUCACUGAUGGUCGGUCCGAUUAUUCAAGAGGAUCUUUUUUCAAUCAUAACGCGGUUCCGAACCUUUCAAUAUGCACUCACUGCCGACAUCGAAUAG